AUCGUUGAUGACUUAAUGAUGUUUUGUUGAUCUCCUUCUGAUUGGAAAUAUAGGUUCUAGGUUCAAGUCAUGCUAAUGUCCCUAGGAGAGCUGGGAAAAAAGAUAUAUAUGAAUGAGUUAUCUCCUGAUGUAUCUAAGGACUUGAACUCUGGAUUUCCUUUUUCUAAAGGAAGGAGUGGCUGAAUUAUCAUCAUUGGUAUCAAGGAUGGUGUCCAAGAGAACAUUCAGAUUCAUCCGAGGGGAUUGCCUCUCUAGAAUGCAAUUGUUGUUUUUCUAUUGUAUUUGAGAUUUCAAGUCUCUUCUAGGGAGAUUGACUUAUUUUUAUGGUGUUUUCUUGUAGCUCGGAAAUAUACAUUUUCUUGUUGUGGUCUUAUUUGCUUAAGAAAAACAAGGUCAGAAU